AGCUCCCUCUCUCUCGCACGCCAGCUCCCCAUCCCACAGAGGCUGCUGCUGUGAAAACACCCCCACCCCCAUCCCCAUUGCUCCCUCCGUCGAGCCACUCCGCCAUCACCAUGAUCGUCGACCAGUUCGAGGAUGUCCUGGGCAAGGUCCCCAGCGGCUCGCCCCCCGUGGCCCCCAUUCCCUCGGUGGUGCCCGGCAGCGAGCCCAUCUACCAGGUGGCCGGCGAUGCUGGACAAAAGGUUCUCUGGGUCGUCUUCGCCAUCAUGCUGAUUGCCUCUGGCGCCUUCACGCUCAUGUCGUGGAACGUCCCCCUGAACAAGCGCCUCUACCAUGUCAUUACAACCAUCAUCACCCUGACGGCCGCUCUCUCGUACUUCUCCAUGGCCACGGGCCACGGCGUUGCCCUGCAGAAGACUGUCGAGCGUGAGCAGCACGACCAUGUUCCCGACACCUUCACCACCGUCUACCGUGAGGUGUACUGGGCCCGCUACGUUGACUGGGUCGUCACCACGCCCUUCCUGCUCCUCGACCUUGGUCUCCUUGCUGGCAUGGCCGGCGGACACUUGUUCAUGAUGGUGACCGCUGAUGUCAUCAUGGUGCUGACUGGUCUCUUUGCUGCUUUCGGCUCCGAGGAGACUCCCCAGAAGUGGGGCUGGUACACCAUCUCGUGCAUCUCAUUCCUCUUCAUCUUCUGGCACCUUGGUCUCAACGGUGGUGCCAACGCCAGGGCCAAGGGCGAGAAGCUCCGCUCCUUCUUCGUCUCCAUCUCUGUCUACACUGUCAUUCUCUGGACUGCCUACCCCAUUGUGUGGGGUAUUGCCGAUGGUGCCCGCAAGGUCAGCGUCGACUCUGAGAUCAUUGCCUACGCCAUCCUUGAUGUUCUUGCCAAGGCUGUCUUUGGUGCCUGGCUCCUCAUUGUCCAUGCCAACAUGCGUGAGAGCGAUGCUGAGCUCAACGGCUUCUGGGCCAACGGCCUCAGCCGCGAGGGUGCUAUCCGCAUUGGCGAGGACGACGGUGCUUAAAUCACACGCUGCUAGCACGAUACUCUGACAACCUCCCGGAGGUUGUCGUGGCAAGCAUGGUUCGCCCCGAAUACAAGUGUGUGCUCGGAGGACCGGAACCAAUGUCAAUUGACCAAAAAAAGGGGGGCAAUGCCAUGGUGCAUGUGCGUCUUAGUGUUCUUAUUCAGAGCAUCCCAUCUCAAGUAGUUCAGCUGUUCAUGAUUGGAGUUGGAGGUUUAUGAUAAUAUGGCAUUGAUGGUUCGUAGUCGUGGUCGGUCCGUAGUUGAUGAAAAUAAUGAUUUGACUUGGCAAUGUUUUCUUGCUCAUGGUGUAUUGGUUUGGGUGUGUUUUGGCUGCGUUGACUAGUGGUUACAGGAUGAUUGUGGUACGGGUGGUUGGUGUUGUCGGCGUGU